AGAAGGAAGAUUGAUUGAAAGAGCAGGGAGUGAAUCGGGUACCAGAUUUAUGGCUUCUGAGGCUUCGACAUCGAUUGAUGACCAUGGUGGCACUAAUAAAGGUAACAUGUGGGUUUUGGAGCAAAAGCUUGAUCAGCCCAUGGACGAGGAGGCUGGAAGAAUCAAAAACAUGUAUAGAGAAAAGAAAUUCUCGGCUAUGUUAGUUUUGAGACUUGCAUUCCAGAGUCUUGGGGUUGUAUAUGGAGACUUGGGCACAUCUCCUUUAUAUGUUUUCUACAACACAUUUCCUCGCGGAAUCAAAGAUCCAGAUGACGUCAUUGGAGCUCUCUCAUUGAUUAUAUACUCUCUUACUCUUGUUCCGCUCCUCAAAUAUGUCUUUGUGGUGUUGAGAGCAAAUGAUAAUGGCCAAGGUGGAACAUUUGCUCUUUAUUCAUUACUCUGCCGACAUGCUAAGGUGAAAACAAUACCGAACCAACACAGGACAGAUGAGGAGCUAACUACAUACAGCCGACGUGCAUUCCAUGAGAAAUCAUUUGCUGCAAAAACUAAGAGAUGGUUAGAGGGCCAUGAAUGCAAGAAGAAUGUACUUCUUAUUAUUGUCCUUGUUGGCACAUGCAUGGUGAUUGGGGAUGGGAUUCUAACUCCAGCGAUAUCAGUUCUUUCAGCUGCUGGGGGAAUAAGGGUAGACCACCCUAAAAUGAGUGACGAUGUAGUUAUCGUAGUUGCAGUAAUAAUAUUAGUAGGUUUGUUUAGCAUGCAACAUUUUGGCACAGAUAGAGUUGGAUGGCUGUUUGCUCCAAUUGUCCUCCUUUGGUUUCUCCUUAUUGGAACUAUUGGUGCGAUCAACAUAUGGAAGUAUGAUAGUAGUGUUCUGAAAGCUUUCUACCCUGUUUACAUUGGUCGAUAUCUCAGUCGAGAAGGGAAAGAUGGUUGGACCUCACUCGGAGGGAUCAUGCUUAGUAUCACAGGGACAGAAGCACUCUUUGCUGACCUAGGACAUUUUCCUGUCUUGGCUGUUCAGAUUGCAUUCACAGUAGUUGUGUUCCCUUGCCUACUUUUAGCAUAUUGCGGACAAGCUGCCUACCUUCUGAGACACCAGGAUCAUGUGAUAGAUGCAUUCUAUCAUUCCAUACCAGAUAGUGUGUACUGGCCUAUGUUUAUUAUUGCAACAUUUGCUGCUAUUGUUGCUAGUCAGGCCACCAUAUCUGCAACGUUUUCAAUUAUUAAACAGGCCCAAGCACUUGGCUGCUUUCCCAGAGUAAAGGUGGUUCAUACGUCAAAGAAGUUCCUUGGCCAGGUGUAUAUUCCAGAUAUUAAUUGGGUCCUUAUGAUUCUAUGCAUUGCUGUUACUGCUGGAUUCAAAAAUCAGAGCCAGAUUGGAAAUGCUUAUGGAACGGCAGUUGUGAUAGUUAUGCUGGUGACAACAUUUCUCAUGAUUCUAAUCAUGUUGCUUGUCUGGCGCUGCCAUUGGAGUCUUGUGCUAAUCUUCACUGCUUUAUCAUGUGCUGUGGAACUGCCAUACCUUUCAGCUGUACUUUUCAAGGUUGAUCAAGGUGGUUGGGUCCCACUCGUAAUUGCAGCAGCCUUUCUUGUCAUCAUGUAUGUUUGGCAUUAUGGAACAGUGAAGCGUUAUGAGUUUGAGAUGCACAGUAAAGUUUCCAUGGCAUGGAUCCUUGGGCUAGGUCCCAGCUUGGGGUUGGUCCGAGUCCCUGGUAUAGGAUUUGUGUACUCCGAAUUACCAAGCGGGGUGCCCCACAUUUUUUCUCAUUUUAUCACCAACCUCCCUGCCAUCCAUUCUGUUGUUGUAUUUGUGUGUGUGAAGUACCUCCCUGUAUACACAGUGCCUCAAGAUGAGAGAUUCCUUGUAAAGCGGAUCGGGCCUAAGAAUUAUCAUAUGUUUCGGUGUGUUGUAAGGUAUGGUUACAAGGAUCUCCACAAGAAGGAUGAUGAUUUUGAGAAGAUGCUCUUUGACAGCCUUAUCUUGUUUGUCCGUCUUGAGUCGAUGAUGGAGGGAUAUUCCGAUUCAGAGGAAUACACUUUGAAUGGUCAGCAAACCAUGCAGUCAGGGGACUUCCAACUAACCCAGAGUAGCAGCACAGUGAACUCCAACAUGGAUCGCAUAACAUCGGGUGAUGACUCAAUUGUACCCGUUGAUUCCCCAUUGCCUGCCAACAACAUGACCAUGGUGAGGUCGUCAGGGAACACCAGCCAUGAGUCGGACGAGAUGGAGUUCUUGAACAGUUGCAGAGAUUCUGGGGUGGUGCACAUUCUGGGGAAUACAGUGAUAAGGGCAAGAAGAGAUUCGAGGUUACUUAAGAAAAUUUCCAUAGAUUACAUAUAUGCUUUUCUUAGGAAAAUCUGUAGAGAGAACAGUGUGAUCUUCAAUGUUCCUCAUGAGAGUCUUUUGAACGUUGGACAAAUAUUUUAUGUAUAGUUCUUUUUCGAGUUUGAUUCAAUAAGAGAAAUCAUGUUUAUGUCUU